GAUAAAUGAUCCUGCUCGUGUCAUCUUCAAAGGAAUGCGGUUUGAAAUGCAUAUAAGUUAAAUCUAUGACAUUUGAAUAUACAGUUAAUUGGUUUGUCAAUUAAGUAUUUAAAUGCAUAAUUAUUAUCGUCCCACAACCCGGUGAUAUGAAUCACAUCUGUCAUAUAAAGACUUCUAUCAAUGUCUCAAUCAAAUUCAACUAAUAAUUCUAAUUCUCAUAAUAAUAAUAAUGAUAAAAUAAAUCAAAACUUAGAAAAUCAUGAACAAUUAAUUCAUUCUAGAUUAGGCAGUAUUGUACCAGAAUGUGAUACAGUAAAAACUGCAUAUGAUUUAUGCUUUCAAGAAUUUUUUCCAAAUUUUCUAAAAGGUUAUACUUUUGAAAAAGAUCCAUGUGAAAAAAAAUUGAAAAUUUAUCAAAAUUGUUUAAGGGAAGCAUUGAAAACUACAUUUAAUAUGGAUUUGAAUGAAUUAGAUUCAAUAAGAACUGAUGCAGAAACAAUUAAAAAGAUAACAAGUAAAACAAUAUAAUCUAUUCUAUUUUUUAUAUUUUUUUCCUUCGAUUAGUGAUUAGUUUGGUUCGAAUUCGAGUGUUGUCUGUGGUACAAAUCAUAGGCAAUUUAAUGUUUAUAAAUGUUAUAAUUCUCUCUUAUGAUUGUAACUCAACUAUUCCUAUUGCUUAGUAAGUAGUCUUGGACACCAAAAUUAUUCGACAAGUUCUCAAAUCAGAACACGGUUGAACAGGAA